CACCACCAGCAACAGCAGCAGCAGCAGCAGCAGCUGACGUGUGUAUACGCGCUGCUCUGCGCUGUAACGUUGGGAGAGCACACGGUGAGUGCGAUCGGACCCCUGGGGUGGUGGUGAUAGGUGCAACACGCCACCCACGCGUUCGAGACGACUCCGCCUGCUGCCUGCCGCGUCCGACAAACAUUUGCUCGCCACUUGAUCCCCCGGCGCUGCUCUGCUACGAUUGGUGUUGUGCUGGAUUGCAAAAUCCCACACCUCCGGGUGAGAGAGAGAGAGAGAGGCACUGGUACAGCAACAGCCGUGUGCACCGCGCGGUACAGCUGCUGGGAAAUGCGAAUGUAAUCUGCGUUGCUAAACACGCUGAUGUACACGCAACACGCAGCUACAUUGGGACCCGCUGAGGUUGUUGUUUGUUCGCUUGCAGCACCAGCAGCACCAGCAGCUACAUCUUGUGCCGAAUUCACCGAAUCGUGUCCGGUAAACAUCACCAUCAGCAGUCAACGGGACGUGCAUGAUGCAGAGACGGGCCAUCGUAUUGCCGCUCGUUGUCGCGCUCGUCGUCCUCACGUGCUGUGGCUACGCGGAGGCAACGCUUGGCAGGAACGGAACCACCACCAACAGUAGGCAGGAUGGCGCACCACCGAGUGCGAAUGAUGCCGCGUCCGCCAUGGUUGAUGCGUUGGCGGCAGUGGCGGCAAUCCCCGAAAAUCAUUCGUACGAUCGAGCGCAACGCAUCGUAGCCCGGAAGGGUGUUAGCAGCGAGACGGUAGUAACGCGGAACGGAUCUAGCUCGUCCUAUCCAACGGAAGACGUCGUCGCCGCCGCCCCAGCGCUGCUCAUGAAGCCAGCGGAUGUAGCGAAUGGGACGGUCCGGUCGGCAACUACCACCAGCAGCAGCAGCAGCAGCAGUAACAGCUCUGUUUCGAGCAGCACGGUUGUUGGUGCCAAAAACUCUUCCACGAGCACUUCAUCAUCCUCCACAGGUAGCUCACCAAUGCCGCACAACGUAUCGCUCACACCAUCGACCGGUGUAACAGCCGCCAACGUAUCCGUGAUGACGACAUCCUCGUCCUCAUCGUCAUCGAGGCCCACCAGCACCACGUCCUCCACAACGUCAUCCACAACAUCCACGACAACAACAACAACAACAACAACAACAACGAGAGCUCCCAGGAAACCCAAGGUGGUCUACUCGGUCGACGAUGAACCACGGUUGGUGCAGGCGGCCAAACCGGGAUACGCGCUACCAGCGCCACCAGUGCCGUACGACGAACCGUUGGACAGUUCCGGGCGGUUGCGCGUCGACGAACCGCUCGUCCAGCUGUCGAAGGAGUACAUCGCACCGGGGACCGGGCCGAACCGGCGCUUCGAAUACGUCCUACCGAUCGUGACGCUCAUCUUCGUUGUGCCACUGCUGCUGGGGCUGUUUCUGCUUUCGUACCGGCGCGCCAAAGAGUUCUGGUUGACGCGCCACUACCGCCGGAUGGACUUUCUCAUCGAUGGGAUGUACAACUACUAGGCGACAGAAUGGAGAAUGCAAGUGCCUGUCCUCAAAUUCCUGCUUCCCGCUUUCCCGAUUCACACCCAGCUCGGUUUAGAUAGUAAAAAAAAAACGGAGAGAGAGAGAGAGAGAGAGAGAGAGAGAGAGAGAGAGAGAGUGCACCUCAGGUGCACGCACAGUGAUUGAUUUCGAAAUUAAGAUUGGUGCGUUCCUGGACUGGAGGAUAAGAUGGCACCGAGUAGCAGCAGUAGCAGCAGGAGCAGCAGGAUGAAGCUAGUUGUUAAGUAGUUAACUUACAGGGAUCUUUGUGGAGGGGCCGGGGUCUCGGGCUCGGGCUCGGCUCUCGGUGAUGUAUCUUCCGUUUUUUUUACAAGAUUUUUCCCCGUUUCCCGGUUGUUUCGGAUGUAAGGUUUUAUUCGGUAGUUUUGCUAACAAAAACGAACAAAGAAAAAAACAAAAAACACAAAA